AUUUGCGUAACUGUCUAACAAGCUGAAAAGUAGGUAGAUUAUCAAUGACAGAUGUGGCAACCUAGAAUUAAAAUAAAAUCUAAUCGGGUGACUGAGAGCGCCACACAGUGGAGAUUCCGGGAACUUUUUGAUCAAGAUAGUACUGGAAAAAACACACAAAUUUUGACAUAGAACUGCAGAUAACUCAAAAAUUGAGCUUUAAAUCUCGACUUCAAUCGCGUCCUGGCUGGAUGGGAGCUUGAUUGUAAUUGAUCCAACCAUGCCUGAAAUCUCAACGUAUACGUAUUUUAUAAAUUUAUCAUGGUUUUCUUGAACGAUGACGCGAAUGCAUCACCUUUUUAUACAUAAACACAAAAGAGAUAAAAAGCUAUCUCUUUUCCAGGAGAAAAUCAUUAUCUACGACAAGAUUCAUUUAUUAAGCACUACGCUAUUUGCAUGCCGAUUAUCACGAGAACUCAUCUCGGCUAUCGUUAUGCGAAACAAUAUCUCGUUUUAGUUUAAUUGUGGCAAUCACUUGAGAAAAAUGGUACUAGUCAGAGUUUUGUUUACUAUCAUCUGUCUGAUACAAGGCUUCAAAAGUGUGUUACCAGGUGGGAUGAAUCGACUCCGAAUACGGCUGAAUCCACAAGAGUACACCGUCACUUUUGGCGAACCGGUAACUUUGAAUCUAUGGAUUGAUGGUUCCGCAAGUGAAAAUUUAUCAAUACUGUUCGAUGCCGAUGGGAACAGUUUCGUAAAAGUCGUACCUCAACUAACGCAAUUAUUUCAAACUGAAAUAUAUUCAAACAACGUAACACACUUGGAAGCUAUCGGACUUCGUCCUGGUCGAUUUAUUGUCAAACCUACCGUCGACCCGGAAGGAGCUGUUGACGAUCGAAGAUUAUUUGUACGACUGAAAGUCGCUUUGUAUCAUCCAUUGAUCCUGAUUUCUCUGUUGAUCGGUUGGAGUUAUACGGCAUGCUGGUGCAUCGGUUAUUAUCCUCAGAUAGUUCUGAAUCAUCGCAGAAAAAGUGUCGUUGGUUUGAGUUUCGAUUUCCUUCACAUCAAUAUUCUUGGACAUAUAGCGUAUGCGAUCUUCAAUUCAUUUAUGUACUGGAAUAGUUAUAUUGAGCAAGAAUAUUUCAACCGUCACCCUUACGGACUUAAUCCAGUGAUCGGAAAUGACGUGGGAUUCGCUGUCUAUGCGUCCUUUGCUACGGGUUUCACAAUUAUCCAGUGCUACAUGUACGAAAGUGGAGGAAACAGCGUUUCUAGUGCAGCAAAGGUAAUCAUUGGUGCCCAUUUCGUCGUAAUUAUUGGUUCGCUGGUGAUGGUGCUGUUCGGAUCUCAUCAUUGGUUGGAUUUCCUAUAUGUACUGAGCUACGUCAAACUAUCUACCACUUUGAUCAAGUAUUUUCCUCAAGCAUACAUCAACUACAAGAGGAAAAGCACCGAGGGUUUCGCUAUUAUGAACCGGCUUCUGGACAUCGCAGGCGGUUUGUUUGGCAUCCUUCAGAUGGUUAUAAAUGCGUGGAAUUUCGACGAUUGGCAAUCAAUAAUCGGUGACCCUGUGAAGUUUGGAUUGGGAGUAUUCUCCAUACUAUUCGAUUUGGUAUUCAUUUCUCAACACUAUAUUCUGUACCGCAAACCAACCAAAACGUUCAAAUCUGACGGCAGUGGAAUGAAGGUAGUUUAUAACAUGGCUGGUUCAAAAUAGCGUGUACACUCCAAUACUUGUGAUGUAGUGUUAUCGGAUUACUUUUAUUGUAAUGUAUUACAACACUACUGUUGUAAGAUCUGGAACAUGUGAAAAGCUUCGAGAUUCGAGUGAAAAACAGCUUGCUAACUAGGUGUUGCUAUCUUAUCUUAUUGCAAAAACAUCGCGUGUAAAAAAAUAUGUGCAAUACUAUACCAUACAAAGUAAAUGAGCUCAAGAAAGCUAUUAAAGCUUGAAGCUUGUGUUUUGACAUUAAGAAUUAAUGUAAAGUUUGAUUAAAUACAAUUACGCCUAUUAAUAUCGGUACAAUCUAUUCCUAAAGACUGUACUCGAGAAAAAUGCGACUCUUUCUAAAUUUUAGUUGAAACUAGUGUAAAGAAAAUUUAGUCACAAACUGGUAAGUGGUUUUCGAUGUAGUUUCCAAGCAAGAAGUCAUUCGACGAAAAAUUAUCCGGGAUUUAAAAUACCCAAGCAACCAUAAGUUCCACAAUUACUUAAAACAUCCACUUUUUUGCUGCUUAAAAGUACAAGCGGAACUUUUGAGAUCUUGAAAGUACAUAACAGGUUUAGCGUGUACUUUCUCACUGCUUAAGAAAACACGUGGUAUUUUUUUGACAGUUCGAAGCACAGAAUAAGUUCCGCGUGAACUUUCUCGCUGCUUAUAUGUAGUGGUAUUGGUUAAACAAUACUUUUUCAUAUCGUAAAAUAUUUGUGAGUAGAGAGAGAUAAAGUAAUGAUAUUUGUGUUUAGGGAGGAAUACAGUUACAAAAACAAGAUGUAAACAUUGAAACUAUUCAAAUCACCUAUCAGAACAGAAUUGAUUUAUCUCAUCUCCAUGCUUAUUCUGGAGUUAACAAUCUGCAAUCAUUCUGGCAGAAUUCCGGCAAAAAUGGCUAGCAGACAUAGCCAGCCGUCUUGGGGGGAAUCUGCCCGCCGCGUACAAGUGGGAGACAGUUUACUGUUUGCCUUUACUACACAGAUAAAAAUGUUUUGUGAAUUUACGUCUAUUUUCAUGCACAUAUUUGGAGCAGGUAGUUAAACAUAACAUUACUUUACAAUUCUGUACGUUUCAAUAUAAUUUAGAUGCAAAACUAAGCGUUCAAUGCAAUUCAAUUUAGUUUUGCAUCGUGGAUGGUUUUCAAUCAAACUUUCGAUUCAACCCAUGUGUAUGUUGAUUUACAUGUCGUGUAAAUUUCAUUAUUUCUUUCUGUGUACAUGAGGAAACAUUAUCAUGUUGUAAUAAAUAUUUCUAAUUUAGAAAAUGUACCAGCACAAUCAUUUAUGAAGAUGUCCUCCAUGCAUUCUGAUAGUUGUUUCUAUAGUUUUAGAUAGAUAUCAUUUUAUUUGAUCUCGUUAGUGCUGUAUCGAUUAUAUCGCUUUGUGCUGCUGUUUCGAGAAGUAUAUUAAAAAUAUAAAGUACUUCCGGAAUUGCUACCUUAUUCAGAAAAUAGAAACAAACAAAUUCUACUUUUUCGAUUUUGUCUACAAACUCAUCGUGUUCGGGUAGGAAGGUAACCUCACCCAAAGAACAGUCAAGUGGCACUUUCGGUUGGACGAGAGGGCUUGAUGACAAAUCGGCUAUUUACUCUGAAAAGAUUUAUCAGGCAAUUUUGAAGCUUUUGACGAGAAUAUUUUAGAACUUUAUCUAUUGAUACCAAGUUAUUGGAUGGAGUAUAGUUUCUGAAUUCCGUGGAAUAGUUUUAAGCCAACGCUUCUGGCAGUUCUUCAACUGCUUGAACUAAUGAGUCCCGCACAUACUCACUAUCCGAAACACACUCCAUCAACGUAUUUCAUCGAUUUUUCUUUUGAUUUUCGCGAACGAGCGUUGCUUUCCUUUUCUUAAAUGGACGAGGCAUUUUCAAAAGAUUGCAAAACUUGAUCUGCUUGUUUAUUUUUUGCAUUCCUUUGUGACGGUAAAUAAGAGAACCGAAUUGGAGAUAACUUGGAGGGGAAGCAAUAUUUGAAAUGGAAAUAAGGGAAACGCUAUCGUUAUUUAAAAAAAUAUGUACGAAAGUAGUUUUGAUCCGUAAAUUGAACUCUAUCAAUAUGCGACUAAUAGGAAAUAAAUCCGUUUUGAGUGCAUUGAACGGUUUGUUUUUUUAUUAUGUAUGGCAUCACUGCCAAUAUGAAAGGACGGUAUUACCAAUACUGAAGCACGCUGGCAAACUUUUAAUCGUGAAUUUUUGGAAAAUUUUAGUUAUGAGUUAUCCAGAGCUUUUCUAAUAUAAUUUUUAGAUAGGAGGAUAAGUUUAUCGGUGAAGAA